UUUCCUUCCCUCUUUUGUCUUCUUACUCUUUUACAGAGCUGACGAAGAUUCGACGUCGCCCACACCAUCACCCACAUCACCACUCAUCGAAGCUGCACGGAUCAGCCCUGAUACUACCUGUACCUCACACUCAAUCGACUGGCCGUUUUCUGUCACUGAACAGCUUCUCUAUCCUCAUACUACCGAUAUCACUCGUCUGCCAUACAUAGGUACACAAGCUGCGUGCGCCUUCAUUGGGUCACGCGGGAGUACCAGCGUUCGCACUACCAUUGAAGGUAGUAGUUGUACCUAGGCGUAUCGAGCUGAGGCGCCCAACUGCCGUAGCGGGCUCGGGUAGUACCGUCUUUGCGGCGCGAGUGGCUUCAGACGCCAUGGACUCUGACGACUCUGACUUUUACGGCGAUGACGAAACCGUCUCACAACUGCUACGGCGUGUCGCCGACUUUGACGUGGACGAAUGGGCGCAGCAGCACCGCGCACACCCGGGCCGUCCCCAGCGCCAGAUCAAGCUCUUUGACGAGGCCGCUCGACUGCACAAUCCGUACGCGGGCAUCUCAUACGCAUGGCAGCUGACGGAGACGGUGGACGACUUCCUCGCGCGGCUGCCGCCGGCGACGACCGACCGGACGCCCGAGGUGCCGUGGAUCUACAUCUGCAACCCUUGGAUCCCCCGCGUCCACAAGCGCGAGGGCCAGGCCCAGUUCUCCAAGGGCAACGAGGACGAGGCGCCGGAGGAGGAGGGCAGCGAGACGGCCAUGGUCGCCCAGGGCGGCCUUGAAAGGCUUCACCUGCUCAGCAAGUUCAUCGAGGGGAUGCAGAGGUCCGGGCAGGCCCCGUCCGUUGUUGAAAGGGAAAUCAGCAGGCAGCGGAAGCAGGCCACAGGCGAUAUUCUCAAGCUGGCCCAUCUCGUCAAGGUUCGAACAGGCAAAUGGAUGCUGUUCUGCCCGACCACGGAAGUCAACGAGGUGUGGGAGAUUGUCGCAAAAGCAACAGCAAACAACGAGCUCGGCAUCGCCGCCAAGGUCGCGCCGCGGUCGCCACUGGAGGAUCCCCGCAAGGAUCGCCUUUUGUGCGUCUACACAGCCGAUUUCACGGACAUGGCCGACGUUGGGCGCGUGUUGCAGAAGCUGCGCGAGCUCAAGCUGGUCGAGGCCAGAGGCCGGCCGAUAUACUACAAACCAGAUGCAUUCACAUACAUUGGCAUCUCCUCUGGUAAUCCAUGGGGCCUGAGAGCCUCUAUAUACAGCUCGACCGAUAAAUUUCCCAGUCGAGCAUGA